AUGGUUAAAAAUAAUUCUGUUCGACCAGUUCGAAUGACCGUUCUCCCGGUCCAUUCGAUGCAGCAAACACCACGGAGUGAUGUCCGUGUACCAAGUUUGGACUCAUCACAUCCAUUUACACCGUCAGAUUUAUCUUCAAUACCUCAUAUGGAUGAAAGCCCAACUCCAACGUCAAAUCAAACAAACAAUCAGAAUUCAACAGCUGCAGACAAUACCACUGAUGUUACAUUAAACUCCGGUCCCUACAUCGUCGGUAGUCCAAUUGACCUCGGAAAUAUCGACAAUGUCGAUAAUAUUGGUCUUCAAGUUGGUUCUAUUCGUCGGGGAAGAGGACGAACUCGAGAACAUAUUGAACUUCAAGAAACUGGUUCCCCGGAAUCAGAACUCUCAGUAGAAGGAAAUAGAGCGGAAAAUGGGACUUCCUUAGAUGAAGAUCGACAGCCAGUAGCGCCAGAGGACCAUGAUGAAAGGGUAGUAUUCGUAAAUGCUCCUCAUCAACCUGCAAAAUAUAAUAAUAAUCACAUAACCACAGCGAAAUAUUCGCUGCUCUCUUUUAUACCUUCCUUUCUCUUCGAACAGUUUCGUCGAUAUAGUAAUUGCUUCUUCCUAUUUAUUGCUCUUAUGCAGCAAAUACCUGAUGUUUCCCCUACCGGUCGAUAUACAACACUUGUGCCAUUAAUUUUUAUCUUGAGUGUGUCUGCUUUAAAAGAAAUUGUCGAAGAUUUCAAAAGACAUAGAGCUGAUGAUGAAAUAAAUAUGAGGGAAGUUGAAGUACUCAGAGAUGGAAGAUGGCAGUGGAUACAGUGGCGAAAUGUUGCUGUAGGUGAUGUAGUAAAAGUGCACAAUAAUAAUUUCUUCCCAGCCGAUUUGAUUCUAUUGUCAUCAUCAGAGCCUCAAGGGAUGUCGUUUAUAGAAACUGCAAAUUUAGAUGGCGAAACAAAUUUAAAAAUUCGCCAAGCACAUUUAGAAACAGCUAAUUUAAUUGAUACUGCAGAAUUAAUGAACUUUCACUCUAAUAUACAAUGUGAACCACCAAAUAGACAUUUGUAUGAAUUUAAUGGCGUACUUCGAGAAAUAAAUAAGCAAAGUGUACCAUUGGGACCUGAUCAACUGCUAUUGCGCGGUGCAAUAUUACGAAAUACUAAAUGGAUAUUUGGUGCAGUAAUUUAUACCGGACAUGACACAAAAUUAAUGCAAAAUAAUACAACAACAGCACCAUUAAAGCGUUCAACAUUAGAUCGUUUAACAAAUACCCAAGUGCUUAUGCUUUUUUUCAUACUUCUACUGUUAUGCCUUUUUUCUGCCUUAUUUAAUGUUUUAUGGACAGAGACCAAUGAAGAAGAUCUUUGGUACUUAAGUUUAAAAUUUAAACAUGAAGCGAUAGUAAAAAAAUUUGCAUUCAAUCUUCUUACUUUUAUUAUUUUAUUCAACAACUUGAUACCAAUAUCUCUUCAAGUAACUCUCGAAGUUGUUCGAUAUGUUCAAGCUACUUUUAUAAAUAUGGAUAUUGAAAUGUACCAUGCGGAAACUGACACUCCUGCUAUGGCAAGAACAAGUAAUCUAAACGAAGAACUAGGUAUGGUUAACUAUAUCUUUACAGAUAAAACAGGUACUCUCACUAAAAAUGUUAUGGAAUUUAAACGUUGUUCGAUAGCUGGUACAAUUUAUGAUUUACCAAAUCCCACAUCACCUGGUUGUAGCUCUUAUGACUGUGAUUUAGUUAAAAAUAUUACUGAAUGGCGAAUUAAAACAGAUAAUACCAGUGUAAAUAAUACUAAAAAUUACAUCACAUCAGAAAUAUUACAUGAAUUUAUGAUAAUGCUGUCAGUUUGUCAUACCGUUAUUCCAGAGAGGAUUAAUGAUGAAAUAAUAUAUCACGCUGCAUCGCCUGAUGAACGAGCUCUCGUUGAUGGAGCAAGAAGAUUUGGUUAUGUUUUCGACACACGAACUCCUGCAUAUGUUGAGAUAGUUGCGUUAGGUGAACGACUGCGUUACGAAAUUUUAAAUGUUAUAGAAUUUACAUCUGCACGAAAACGUAUGUCAGUGAUAGUAAGAACUCCUGACGGAAAAAUAAAAAUAUUUUGCAAAGGUGCUGAUUCUGUUAUUUAUGAAAGACUAAAAUCAAGGCCCAAUGAAACAAGUGGUGUAGAAUUGGAAGUAGGCGAUGAUUUUCGUCAAGCUACCCUAGACCAUUUAGAAGCAUUUGCCACUGAAGGUUUAAGAACUCUUUGUUUUGCUGUAGCAGAUAUACCAGAUAAUCGUUACGAAUGGUGGAGUGAAAUUUACCAUAAAGCAGAAGUAUCUAUGGCAACACGUGAUUCCAAAUUAGAAGCGGCAAAUCUUAUUGAGACAAAAUUAACAUUACUUGGUGCGACUGCUAUCGAGGAUCAAUUGCAGGAUCAAGUACCAGAAACACUACAAGCGCUUACACAAGCAGAUAUUAAUGUUUGGGUAUUAACUGGUGAUAAACAAGAGACUGCAAUAAAUAUCGGAUAUUCUUGUCGUUUAAUAACACAAUCAAUGCCAUUAAUUAUCGUUAAUGAAAAUUCUUUAGAUAAAACAAGAGAUGUUAUUACUCAGCAUUGUGCUGAUUUUGGACAAGACUUACGUUGUCAAAAUGACGUCGGUCUUGUCAUAGACGAAUUGUGGUUUGCCAUUUAUUCGGGAUGGUCUGGUCAAAUUUUAUUUGAAAGAUGGUCUAUUGGUCUUUACAAUGUUGUAUUUACUGCGGCGCCACCGCUGGCUAUGGGUCUUUUCGACAAAGUUUGUUCUGCCGAAACUCAUCUCGCGCAUCCGAGACUAUAUGCUGCCAAAAACACUACUGAAUCGACAUUUAAUAUUAAGGUCUUCUGGGUUUGGAUAAUAAACGCUUUAAUCCAUUCAUCAUUAUUGUAUUGGUUAUCACUUUUGGCAUUAGAAAAAGAUGUUGUAUGGGCCAAUGGAAGAGAUGGUGGUUAUAUUGUUUUAGGAAACUUUGUAUACACGUAUGUAGUAGUUACUGUUUGCGGAAAAGCAGGCCUUGUUACAAAUUCAUGGACAUGGGUAACUCAUUUAGCAACAUGGGGAUCAAUUAUUCUAUGGUUUUUGUUUAUAUUAAUAUACAGUAACUUCUGGCCAGUAUUAAAUGUUGGUGCUGUUAUGUUAGGAAACGAUAGAAUGUUAUUUUCUUCGCCAGUUUUCUGGCUUGGACUUAUUCUUAUACCUACUGCAGUUUUACUCCUCGAUGUGACUGCCAAAACUGUGGCAAAUACAAUUUUCAAAUCUCUUACUGAAGCAGCGAGAGAACAAGAAAUUAAAAAAUCCGAUCCAGGCGAUUUAUUUACUAAUCAAGAUUACAAAAGCUCAUUGACGGAGACUGCGAGGCUAUUAAAAAACGUUAAAAGUGUUUUCACUCGACGUGCAAAUGCCGCUACCCGAGUCAAUGUUGAAGUGGAAUUAUCACAUGGAUUCGCAUUCUCUCAAGAAGAAGGUGGGACAGUCACUCAAACAGAUGUAAUAAGAGCAUAUGAUACGAACCUUCCGAAACCUGGAGGCUUGUGA